UUAAGCAUCCAUUCACGAGUCCCUUUCUCUUUUCUCCUUCCUUUGUGUCUUGACACAAGUUAACUAAAGCUAGACGCUUUUAUCUCUUCUCCUUUCUCGACGUGUAUACUCGAGCAUUGCAACUUUUGUUUUGUGGUUGAUGGCACGUGAAUGACGCAAGUGUUCAUCAGAUUAUGAUUUCUCGCCGCUGUGGAUGCCUAUCUGGAGUUCGUCCUCCUCGCUCCCUGUUCUCAUCUUAAAGCUGCGAGGGGGUUUUGGUUACGCUUCCUUAAGAAAAGGUCUCCGGGACUCUCUUCGAUCGGAAGGAACUUGCAAACAGAAAUCCCGCUUCUGGACUUGGAAGGACCAGCGUUUCUCCGAAUCCUCGAUUAGACUUUUGAUGCAGGUGGGAAAUGCGAGAUGAGAAGAAGAAUGAUAUCGCGAGACCUGUAGCGUCAGAACCUUUCCGAAUUUUCAGCUUCUUUCCCGUGGUCGGCGUCCGCCAUGAGUUCUCCUUCAUCUUCUUUUGCCAUCAAACCGAAGGCUAUGAAAUUUGAUCCAACAUCGAACGAUCGCGCAGCUAAAGCUGUCUCGCCCGCCGAUGAUGUAUCAGAAUCAGCCGCCUCUCGUUUAUCGGAAAAGUUGUGCAUGACGACUCUGCAAGCGGAUUCUCCGCUAAACAUCCUCUACAAACCUACCGCGAAGGUUGUGUCGAGGGCCACCGCUGCACUCUUGGCGAAUCUGGAAAAUCCCGAUGCCAUUCGUCAAAAGCCAACAAGAAACUAUCAACAACCAGCUGUAGUUGUGGAGCAAGCAAAACCAGAUUACGUCGCCAGCCGUCGACAGAGUUGUUCACGGUCUGAUCUGAAAAAUCAGCAGCAGCCAACGGGCUGCGGAGAUCGACCUUCGUACGAUGGAUACAAUUGGCGAAAGUACGGGCAAAAGCAAGUAAAAGGGAGCGAAUCCCCGAGAAGUUACUACAAAUGCACGCACCCUGCGUGCCCUGUGAAGAAGAAAGUGGAGAGAUCGUUGGAAGGGCAGAUAGCCGAGAUUGUCUACAACGGGGAACACAACCAUCCCAAGCCUCUGCCUCCCAGGAAACUCUCCUCGGGCUCGCAAGGCCAGGCCUUCGUCUCCGAGGAGGCCGGACGAGAGGCUGGCAGUAAUCCAUCGUGGGGUAGUUCCGUGUCAGAGGUGAAGGUCUCUGCUACGAGCGUGGAUGAGCAAAACGAACCCAGCUUGGCUGGGAUUCCCACCUAUGCCGGGCGGGUGCACUUCUCCCACGAGUCUUUUAUCGCCACCACCUACGAUAGCAGCGAUAACAACACCGACGCUAGCACUCAGAUUGGGAAGGUGGGAAGCAGAAGCAGAGCAGCUAGCAUGGCCUCCGACAAGCUUGACUGCAAGAGAAGGAAGAACGAGGAUCCAUAUAGCGGAGCAAACAGCGUUACGGAAGAUGGUGCAGAGGCUGAUCCAAUUACGCUGACCGCCAUGGAGUGUGAUAUCCCUGGCGAUGGCUUCCGCUGGAGAAAGUACGGACAGAAACUCGUGAAGGGAAAUACUUAUCCAAGAAGUUACUACAGAUGCACCAGCACCAAAUGCAAUGUGCGCAAGUAUGUGGAGAGGGCUUCGGAUGAUUCCGGUUAUUAUGUCACCACGUACGAGGGAAAGCACAAUCAUGAGAUGCCAGAAAGAAAGAUCAAUUUCGGUGCUUCCGACCCCGAUACCGAAGAAGGGUUUAACGGCUCCUCCGAUCAUAACUUUCAGUAGCACCGGAGGCAAAAAGGAAAGCAAAGAAAAAUAAAACUCUCACGGGUAAACGUCUGCUCGGGGAGGGCUUCGGUGCUUGUUGAUGAUAACUGGUCAUGUUCCGAAGGACUACUUCGGAUCAAGCCAUCGAUUGCCUCAAGGGAGCACUCUACCAUUUACGAUGCAUUAAGUUUCAGUGGUAUUCUCGGUGAUGAGGUGACCAGUGGCUGCUCUCAAGCUCUGCUAUCUUUCCUGUGAAACUGAAAGUGGAGAAGCAAGCCUGAAGCAACAUCAAAUUUAUGAACCUUCUCUUUUGCCGAAUAUUCAUAUCGAUUGCAUUUUUUUUUUUUGUCUCGUCUUUCAGUUUCAGUUCAGCCUUUUCUACCCAAAGUUCUAGCAAUAAAGAAGUCAAAGUUCCCGUA